UUGCAAUUUAGUGUGUGCUCUUGCUCUGCCCAGACUCCUCUGCACGCUGUUCUACUGGAUAAGCCACAAUAUAAUAGGACCUUGCUUCAGCUGCAUUCUUCUGAGUCACAACCAGCAGUGCAGAGAACAGACAGGAACAGGUCCCCUAUUGCUAUCCAGAUCAUUCUAUUCUAUUGGUGCAGAUCAUUCCAAGGUGGGUAUGUAAUGCUAAGUGAUUGCAUUCAGUAAGCCAAGGGGAGGUUCCUGUCUGACCAUGGGAAAGAGAGCAGCCCAGGAGCAGGAAGUACAGAGAAUCAGAGGUUUUUACCUGGAAUUCUCAUCUCCAAGACUCCCAUGAUGACAAGAGAGCAUCUAUAGGAGGAGGAGGAGGAAGAGGAGGAAGGCAUCCUUUGUCCAAACAAGGAUCUUGCUUCCUGAGGUUGUGCUGCUGUGUGUGUGUGUGUGUGAGUGAGAGAGAGAGAAAGAGCUUUGCACACCCCCUCCCUCCUGCAGCAAUCAAUGAGAGACAAGCACACGGCACAGUCGACUCUGGCACAACUAACACAACCCGGCUUUUGGGAUUCUUGCACCUGCCUCACAUCUGGGAAGGCACCUACCCAAGGGCACCUUUGUACCCCAGCCUCCUCCUUGCUUUAACACAGUGGCAUCUACUUCCUGGGCAGCUCGGAUGUGUUUCCAAAUCCCCUCUCCAACCAAGGAUGGGCACAGCUGUCUCCAAGAGGAAAGUGCUGAGAAAUGACCCCAUCUCCAAUGUAGCAGCCAAAGUUCGAGCGGCUCGGGUUUUUGGGGAGUAUCUCUCACAGACCCAUCCGGACAGCAGGAACGGAUCAGAUCACUUUCUUGUCCAAGAAGAUUCCCCUGAAAUGCUGCAGGCCUCCCAAAACAAACGACGUCUGUCCUCCAUCUCCGACAGCAAACUAGAUAGGAGCUUCUCAGAAGAACGUGGGGAGAAUCUGCCCAGCGAGGGAUCCAAACCUCUGGUGUACACCAUCUCCGGGGAAAGGCCCAUGCUUUCCGAUCAAGAGAGCGACAGCAUGGAGCUGGUGGUGAUGAAGGAUGGACAUGAAGAACAGCACCACCAUUCCCACCACCAUCACCAUCCACUGCAGAGCUCAGGCAGUGCCCAUAACAUUGCCAGGCCAUGUAAAAGCUGGUCAGGGAGCAGGCAGAACUCUAAGGAAUGCCCCAGCUGUACCAGACUAAUGGUACCCACCCAGCACUCUUUUGAUUUGGAGCAGCACCAGGCCAGUGAGUCAGGCUGGCGCAGGAAGAAACUAGAGCGCAUGUACAGCAUUGACCGAGUGUCUGAUGAUGUACCAGUAAAGACGUGGUUUCCUAAAGAGAACCUUUUUACCUUUCAGACGGCCACCACAACUAUGCAAGCUAUCUCGGCCUUCCGAGGCUUUGCGGAGAGAAAAAGACGGAAGGGAGAGAAUGAUUCGGCAGCGGUUAUACAGAGAAAUUUCCGCAAACAUUUACGAAUGGUCGGCAGCCGGAGGAUGAAGGCACAAACCUUUGCCGAGCGCAGGGAGAGGAGCUUCAGCCGGUCCUGGAGUGACCCCACCCCUAUCAAGAUCGACUCCAUCCAUGACUCCAGAGAAAGCCAUGACCUGCAGAAUUCCUGCGCUGCUCUCAAUGAGGAAUGCGACUCUAACUGGGAGGUGGAAAAAAAUAUGGAAAUUCAGUCAUGCGAGGGGGGUGAUUUUAUUCCCCCAAAGAUAAUGCUAAUUUCAUCCAAAGUCCCCAAAGCCGAAUACAUUCCCACCAUUAUCCGGAGAGAUGACUCUUCCAUCAUUCCCAUUCUCUACGAUCAUGAACAUGCCACGUUUGAAGAUAUUUUGGAGGAAAUUGAGAAGAAACUCAAUAUAUAUCGGAGAGGCUGCAAGAUCUGGGAGAUGCUUGUAUUUUGCCAGGGUGGACCUGGGUAUCUGUACCUGCUGAAGAACAAAGUUGCUACAUUUGCCAAAGUGGAAAAGGAAGAAGAUCUCAUCUUAUUCUGGAAGCGGCUGGGCCAGCUGAUGAGUAAAGUGAAUCCGGAAGCCAACGUCAUUAACAUCAUGGGCUGCUAUGUACUCGGAAAUCCCAACGGGGAGAAGCUCUUCCAGAAUCUAAAGAAUCUUAUGUGCCCCCAUCGGAUCGACUUCAAGUCUCCACUUGAGCUUUCUGCACAAGGAAAGCAAAUGAUCGAGAGAUACUUUGAUUUCCGAAUGUAUCGUCUGUGGAAGACUCGACAACACUCAAAGAUGUUGGACUAUGAUGGCAUUUUAUGAGUUGAAGAUAACCACCCUUCAAGAAAGGGGCAAAGUAUCUGGAUGAUGCCACCUUUUGGGAGUAACUCUUUUGCUAUUUGCUGGUGGUGAAAUGAGCCCAUUUGGAUCUUCAGGAGUGAAGAACAAACAUAGCAGCUCAAGAGAGCGAGAAAGGUGAAUGUGGAGGAAUAAGUUCUCAAUCAUUGGCCCGUUGGGUCAAGUUGCUUCAAGUGCUUGCCGAGCCAGAAGACAAUCGUGUAGAGAAGGUCAGGAAUAAGAAGCCUUCACAACACUGAGCUUUACAAAUUCAGGGCAAAUUCAUAAAAGGAUCUGUAUUAUAAGGUCCUUCCAAGGCAUUAAAGCUCAGGUUUUCUUAAGACAAUACCGUUGCAAUGUCUUGCACAAACACGUGAGGACUCGCAAGCCUUCAAAGAACAUCACACUCAACUCUUUUUACAUUUGUAGCAAAACCAGGCGAUCCGUUGAUCUUUACUCGCAUGAAGUUGCUGCUGCUGAUGAUGAGUUAUCUGCCUGAAGCCAUUUUUGCCCUGCUCAGCCAUUGCUAAGUGAAAGCCAAUCAAUAUUACCACAGUGACUAACAAGUAGAAGUAUUAUAUAUAUUUAGCGAUAUUUACAGUAGCUACACAUAAAUAUCUAUUUCUUAUUGAGGGGUAGCUUUUUUUUGUGAGGUUGACUUAGGAAAUAAGUGCAAUUUUUUUCUUCUACAUAUAGCAUUAUUCAAUUGUUAGACACCGUGACGGGCGGUUAGUAGGGUCCAUGUGGGAUACAGUCGUUGGCUUUCUCCCACAGUCAUAUCACCAGCAGCCCUAACUUGCCGCCGACUUCUUCUAGGUGGUGGGAUCUGUACAUACAUCUGAUCUGACGUCUCGUUGCUUGGCCUGGUAUUAGCCAAGCGUGUAGAACACUGACUUGCAGUAGCUUCUCAUUGCAAUAUAAUAGGUCCCGCUUCCAGUAGCUUUCGUAGUCAUUGGUAGGACUUCUCUAUGUGACCAGUCAUUGAUAUAUCUAUUUAUUUCUAUAUACAAGGUGACCGGCCUGCAUAAAGUCAUGCCAUAUGUAAUUUUACUUCAGACCAGAGCUCAGGUUUGGUAGGUCUUUAUAACUAUAUAUAGAUCUAGAUAUACAAUUAGUGUGUUGAUUCACAAAUAAUGUAGAACACGCCUUUGUCUGCUAUCUAAGCGGCUGGGCUUUCUAUUGCUCCACUAUCUCACUCCAUAUUGUAAGUGUCUAUUAGACGGUGCUUGGACAGGUUUAUUUAAUGGCCAAACCACUGCUCUUCAUUGAGGUCAAUCUCAGAGAUUAAACAGCACAAUGAGGAGAAGCCAUGGCCAUGGUUCAGUCUGGUUCGUAACUCUUGGGCCAAUUUCACUUUUAGCUUCUAACAUUACGUUGGACUCCUGGCUGUAUUUUUUAUUGAGGGGUUCCAAGGUCAAUUAAGACACGGUAGUGAGGCUCAUCUGCACAAUGACUUCAUUAACAUGGAACUGGUGCCUUCUAAACACUUCUCGUAUCAUUCUUCAUGGUUCCCAUCUUCAACCCAAUGAAUAAAUGGUCCGACCAAAGUCAACUGGAGUGUCACACUUACCUUAGCCCCAUUCAAGUCAGUCAUUAUGUCACCAAAUUAGCUUUAACAUAUGUAUAGCAUUUCUUUUUCAGAACUCUACACACGUUAAAUUUGAAUGUCAAAAUUGCACUGACCAUCAGCUUUGAGAAUUUGAGUAAUUUGAUAGGAUUUUGAAGAUGAUUUAAUAAUUUAAUCAAUAAUGGUUUAAAACAAUAUAAAAUUCCAAUCAAAAUCUAAAUCCGUAGGAAAAGGACCCGUCCCAUUAGAAUCAUUUUACUGAAAAUAAAUAAUUUUCUAUUUUUUCUGCCCUUUUUUAAUAACAUUUUUAUUUUUUAAUGGAUUCAGAAUUUGAUGCUCUGAGCGGCAGUUUUAUUGAUUUCUCAGCUAUUCUGAAAUUCAAGUUUUUCGGACUUGUGAAGUGCAAAAACACAAGUAUAAAGCUUUAAGCAAGUCAGUGGGAGGCGUAUUUUUAAAACAGAAGCUAUUUUUUAUUUAUUAAUUUUUUUGGUUGAAAUAAGUUUAAAAUUUUGCCAAGUUGUUGAAAAUGAUGAGUGGAAUGUGUUGUUUUUUUUUUUACACAAUUUGUUUUGGCAAUCGAUUUUAUCAAAAUCCAAAAAUAUUUGAUAAUUUUCGGUAGAAUAUUCCGACCAAACGUUUUUUCCCCUUAUUUAUUGAUCAAUUUCUCCAAAAAUUUCCUGUGUCAGAAAAAAACUCUAUAAAAUCAUGAAAAAAAUUUGAAUCGUACAAAUAUUUUGGAUGUCUGAAUAGAAUAGGGAUUCUUUGGCAAAAAUUACCCAGAUUUAUAUAAAGUGACCAAAAAAGUGAAAUCAUCUUCAAAGUUUAUAUAGCAUUUGGGUAAAGCCUUAACGUUAUUUAAUUUUAUUUGGAAUGCAAAAUAAUUCAGAAGAAACUGGUUCUUCUCCUAUCUGCCAAAAAAGUAGAGGGUCUCUUCACUCAUAUAUUGGGUACAAUGAAUCCAUCAUUUUUAAAUUCAGCCAAAAGCUACAACUUUUGAGCAAAUACUGAACUAAAUUUGAACUCUAAUUUCCCUAAUUAAGAUUUUGGAUUGGAUUGAAUCAUGGAAUAAACCCACACAAUUCAUUUUUUUUCCAAUUCAAGUUUUCCAUACUCAAAUUUUUAAUCAGAAAAACAAGCUCAGAACACAAAUUAUGGGACCCAUGACCCAUAAGAUAUUUCUUGGUUCUUGCCUGGGCCUUGUGGUGCUUAUCUUUUUGGUGGGGAACCUUCACACCACAAUGAGUUCUUCAAAGAGAUAGACGACCAUACACCAACUUCUUCCUCUAGAUCAUGUAUUGGGAGGUCACACAACUUUUGGUGUCAGCCAGUCCUUAGGAAGAAAUUGGUGUACAUACACUUGGUGGUGCACCUUCACACCACAAUGAGUUCUUUGAAGAGAUACAGUAGAUGACCACACACCAACUCCGUCCUCUAGAAUAGAUAAUGCAUUGGGAGAUCACACAACAUGGUCUACUCUUGGUGGUGCACCGUCACACCACAAUCAUAUGUUCUGCUUUAAAGAAAUAGAAGAGCACACACCAACUGCCUUUUCUAUUUGUUUUAUUGGGAAGUCAAUAACUUUUGGGGUCACCCAGUCUUGGGAAAGGAAUUGGUGUGCAUGGUCUACGAUCUAUUUGAAGCAAUGGAUCCAAACUGCACCAGGUAUAGGGGCAUCAACAGAAUGCAUUUAAGGGUCUUUACUGAAGAAAGAUAGUGUUUUCUGUUUUAUUACUUAUAAAUAUUAUAAAAAUAGAUUAUUUAUGAGUAGAGGAAAUGUACCUUCAUGAUUUCAUUGUUGCUAAAAUGUAGACUCUGGGCCUUCUCAUGUCAUGUUGUGUUUACUAACAAUACCAGGUUGCGACUGUUACAGAAGAGAAAGACAAGGAGUUCAAAACUUCAUACCAACAUCAGAGCACAAAAAUCUGGGUAUAUGGGCUGGAAAGGUGUAAAAGCUAGACGUUCCAGGUUUAUCAAAAAGUAGCAACAUCUAGAACUUCAACUUAGAAACAGCCAAUGUAGCGACUGCCCAAUGUGUAACCUUCCCCCAGUGGUGGGCUUGUAUCUGACAACAACAAGAUUUUUGAAUGGAAACAUACGAUUAUCAGCUUACCCCUUUUAUUAUAUUACCAACAGUAUCGAUGUUUCGGGGGGGUUACACCCUCACUUCAUCAGAUGAAGGGAGGGUGUACAUCCUGAAACGUAGAUACUGUUGGUAAUGUAAUAAAAGGGGUAAGCUCCCCAACUGCAGAUAAUUGUGUGUGUGUGCGGAUCUGUUCAAAAAUCUUGUUGUUGCUAAGGGACCUAGGCGGGUCAAUGGAGGGCCAGCACCACCAGUGCAGUAGAAGUGAACUGCAGGAGUGUGGUUAAUCCAUCACAUGUAUCUAACAACUCACACCAACAGUGGAAAGGGUGAUAAAUAUGUAUUCAAUAUUUUUUGGGUAAAAAGGUGAGUAAAUUGGCCACUCCAACUCCAUGCAAAUGUUUUUGGGCACUUUCACUUCCUGGUGUUGCUGGAUCUCUGCCAGAUAUUUCCCGACGCCCAUUUCCCUAAUGCAGGUCCAUCCGUAGCUUUUGGUGCAAGCUCUGAUUCACAUAGAGUGCCGAGAGUAGGAUUUUCUAACCUUUCCAAAGUGCAAAUUAGCCAUGUGACUUUUGGGGGGCAGUGUUGGGCCAAAUCCUGUCGCUGUCAUUUUUUAAUAAAAUAUAUUGAUUUAUU